AGCCCCGGGGGCUUGGGCGUGGGUGACCCUUUAAACGGGAGGUUCCCCGCGGAGGGGCGGGUGACGGAGGAAGAGGCUUUGGUGCCAGAGCUCGGGGUGAGUCCUGCUCCGUCUUCAUGCAUCGAAUGCGAACAAGCACGUCCCACCGCUUGUUACCGAGCCAAGCUUGGUGUUUUGAUCUCCGACGUGAGGGCUCGGCCGAGGCGUCGCUGUACCCUCACGGUUAUCCACACUCUUCAGGGCCAGCAGAAGAUGAUCACAUCCCAGGGGUCAUUGUCAUUCAGGGAUGUGACUGUGGGCUUCACUCAGGAGGAAUGGCAGCACCUGGACCCUGCUCAGAGGACCCUGUACAGGGAUGUGAUGCUGGAGAACUAUAGCCACCUUGUCUCAGUGGGGUAUUCCAUCCCUAAACCAGAAGUGAUCCUCAAGUUGGAGCAAGGAGAGGAGCCGUGGAUAUUAGAAGAGUUCCUGAGCCAGAACGACCCAGAAUUAAUUAAUAACAGUAGAAACUAUUCAAGAAAGAAGUUCAGUGGGUUUAACAAAGGUAGAAAUUGGCUCCAUAAUGAUAAGUAUGAAAGAAUUCAUUCUGAAGCGAUACCUUACGAAUAUAAUAAAAAUGGGAAUGGCCUCCACCUUAAUGAAGACUUUGUUCACCAUCAGAAAAUUCAAAUUUUGGAGCAGCCUUUUGAAUAUAGUGAAUGUAGGAAAGCUUUCCAUGAGAAUGCACUCUUUGUUGUACAAAAGAAAGCUUACACAGGAAAGAAUACCUGUGAGUACACUGAAUAUGGGAAGACCUUCGGUGAUAUGUCAUCUCUCAUUGCUCAUCAGAGAACACAUCCAAGAGAGAAUCACUGUGAAUUCAAUAAAUGUGGAGAAAAUUUCUUUGAGGAAUCCAUUCUCCUUGACCAUCAGAGUGUUCAGCCUUUCAGUCAGAAGUCAAACCUCAUUCCAAUUCAGAGAACCCACUCAAUUGACAAUAUACUUGAAUAUAAUGAAUGUGGAACGUUUUUCAGUGAAAAGUUAGUCUUUGGUGUACAGCAGAGAACACACACAGGAGAAAAACCUUAUGAAUGUCAUGAAUGUGGAAAAACCUUCAACCAGAAGUCAGCCCACACAAGGCAUCAGAGAACACACACAGGGGAAAAAUCUUGUGAAUGUCCUGAAUGUGGGAAAACUUUCUACAAGAAUUCAGACCUCCUUAAACACCAGAGAAUUCACACAGGGGAGAAACCUUUUGAAUGUCAGGAAUGUGGGAAAUCCUUCAGUGAAAAGUCUACUCUUACUCAACAUCGGAGAACACACACAGGGGAGAAACCAUAUGAAUGUCAUGAAUGUGGGAAAGCCUUCUCAUUUAAGUCUGUCCUUACUGUACAUCAAAAAACACACACAGGGGAGAAGCCCUAUGAGUGUUAUGAAUGUAGGAAGGCCUUCCUCAGAAAAUCAGACCUCAUUAAACAUCAAAGAACUCACACAGGGGAAAAACCUUACGAAUGUAAUGAAUGUGGAAAAUCCUUCUCUGAGAAGUCAACUCUUACCAAGCAUCUGAGAACUCACACAGGUGAGAAACCCUAUGAAUGUAUUGAAUGUGGAAAAUUUUUUUGCUACUACUCAGGUUUCACAGAACAUCAGAGAAGACACACGGGGGAGAAACCUUUUGGGUGUACUGAAUGUGGGAAAAAUUUCCGUCAGAAGUCAGCCCUCAUUGUUCAUCAGAGGACUCACAUAAGACAGAAACCUUAUGAAUGUAAUGAAUGUGGAAAAUCAUUCUGUGUAAAGUCAAAACUCAUUGCACAUCAUAGAACACACACGGGGGAAAAACCCUAUCAAUGUAAUGUUUGUAGAAAAUCAUUCUAUGUGAAGUCUAAACUUACUGUACAUCAACGAACACAUUUGGGGAGAAACCCUAUAAAUGUGAUAAAUGAGGGAAGUCACUCUGGGUGAAGUUAAGAGUUUAUAGAAAAAGAACACAAAAGGGGAGAAAAAUCCAUUGAUAUAAUCCUUUUUGAGAACAUCUUUGGUCUAAAGUCAGUUCUCCCAAUAUAGCAGAGAACUUACAGAGGGGAGAGAAUGAAUGAUAUGAAGCUAUAGAAUAUAGAAAACUUUUGUGUUGGAAUUUGAACCGUACAUUAUAUUAGAAAACUCAGUGGAGAAGACCUGUUGGUGAAUCAAUAUAGGGAACCUUUUGCCCAAAGCCACCUCACUGAACAUCAAAGAAAACACGUAAGUUAGAAACCUCUAUCAGCAUUCAUAAGGUAGAGAAGAUUUACUCCACAGGCUUUAGAAAAUGCACAAAUUGUAGGACACUAUAGGGAGGCAUUUUCUAUGAGGUGAUAUUUUAUUAGACUUGUGUGACAUUCUUGAUGUAGCAUCUGUUGGAUGUUGGAAGUUACUAGAGAAAACGUAUUAACUAUGUGGAAGCUUUAAGUUAAAAUCUACGCUUAUACAUCAGAUUUUGAAUUGAAGUGUUUCUAGCAAUUUAGGAAAUGUGGAGAACAUUUUCAUCUAGAAAUAGCAUUUUAUUUUUGUUAAGAUACACUUUGGCCCAUUGCCAGGUCUGUCCCCCUGUUUAAGGUAUUAGAUGUGACACUGGGUGUGGUGCAUAAACAAUGAAUUCUGGUACACUGAAAAGAAAUU